CUCGCGUCCUCUGGAGCCGAAGAGGGCGGGCUGCGCAGGCGCAUAGAGUACGUCGCCGCCGAUUUCUGGAGAGACGGAAGCGUUUGGGGUUACCUGCUCUGACUUCUCUGGAUUCUGCCCUUUUCCAGACAAAAAGGAAUGGCUGCUUCAGCCCUGUCGGAGCGUGAAGUUCCUUCCUUUUCCUCAGCUCUGUAUUCACAGGACGUCAUUCCUCGAGAGAAAGACCCCAUGAAGGGGAGCAUGACCACUGGACCUCUAGAUGGCACCGCACGGCAAUCAGUGACAUUCCAAGAUGUGGCCAUCAGCUUCUCCCAAGAAGAGUGGGCAUUCCUGGUCCCCAGUCAGAGAGAACUGUACACCGCUGUGAUGUCGGAGACUUACCAGAACCUGGUCUGGGUGGGAAGCCAGUCAAUACAAGAGAGCAAGGAAUCGUCUUUAAGUAAGAGCAUAAAAGAAGAAACAUACCAACAUGAAAUAGUGAUGGAAAAAACAAGCAGUGUGUUUAAAAAAUAUAAAAAAGUUUCCCAUGCCAGGACUGUCAUUCAGCCCAAAACUCUCAAGGAGGAGAAAUGCUGCCAGUGCCUUGAGUGUGGGAAAUCCUUCAGUCGCCGCUCAACUCUGGUCCAGCAUCAGAGGAUCCACACAGGAGAGAGACCCUAUCAGUGUGGUGAGUGUAGCAAAGCCUUCAACCAGAAGGCCCACCUCACCCAGCACCAGCGCGUCCACACGGGUGAGAAGCCCUACAAAUGUGGACAGUGCCGGCGGGCCUUCAGCCAGAUGACCAACCUCCAUCAGCAUCAGAGCAUCCACACUGGAGUGAAGGUCCAUGGGUGCAGCGAGUGUGGGAAGGCCUUCAGCCGCCCCUCAACCCUUGCUGAUCACCAGCGAAUCCACAGAGGAGAGAAGCCCUUCAAAUGCAAGGCCUGUGGCAGAGCGUUCACCCAGAGCGCUCAGCUUAUCAGGCACCAGAAGAUUCAUUCCGCAGACAAGCCCUAUGGAUGCAGCAAGUGUACCAAGUCCUUCAUCCGUCUCUCUUCCCUGAUCGAGCAUCACAGAACUCACACAGGAGAGAAACCCUAUCAGUGUGAGGAGUGCGAGAAGGCCUUCUGCCGCCUCGUGCAGCUCAUUCAGCACCGGAGAAUCCAUACUGGUGAGAAGCCCUACAUGUGUAAGGAGUGUGGGAGAGCCUUUACCUGUAGAUCCCAUUUCGUUGUUCACCAGAGGAGUCACACGGGAGAGAGACCCUAUGCAUGUCCCGUGUGUGGGAAAACCUUCAGUAGCCACUCUUCCCUUGUUACGCAUGACAGGACUCACAGUGGUGUGAAGCCAUUCGGGUGUCAUGUGUGUGGGAAGGCCUUUAACACGUCCUCCUCACUCUGCCAGCAUAAGAGAAUUCAUACUGGGGAAAAGCCCUUCAGUUGCCAUAAAUGUGGGAGACCCUUCAGGUGCAGGUCACACCUUACUCGACAUCAGCGAAUUCAUGCAGGAGAAUAUUGACAACAGCCCACUGGACUUGAAAAUGUUACAAUUCCAAUUAUUUAACGAUCAGUCAAGAUCUUGGUAACAAGCACCCUUGGUUGACUCUGACUCUCUUAGAAAAGCAGCUCAUUCUUAAGGUCUUGAGAGCUCAUUGAGUGGAUGGGAGGGAUGGCAGUGAACCCAUUUUUGGAAACAGGAAGAAGCAAAACAAACUGUGUUUAAGAGCAGAACAUGAAGGAGUUCCCUUGUGGCUCAGUGGAUUGGAUUAAGGACCUGAAGUCAUCAUUGCUGCAGCUCAGGUCACUGUUGUGAUACAGCUUUGAUCCCUGGCCCAGGAUCUUCUGCAUGCUGCAGGCAUGGCCAAAAUAAGUAAAUAAACAAAUAAAAAUACCAAAAAAGGUAACAACAAGAAAAAUAUAUACCUAUGUAUAUUGGAUUAUAAAGGAAGAGAUAAACCUGCUUUUCUUCAUCUCGGUAAAGCAUUUUAUAAGGUAGUAUCAUCAGUUUGAGUCCUACCAUGAACAUCCUCUUCAGUUUUGUGACCAAUGCCUACUGUCACGUUUUACUACACCUAUGCCCUUUUUCUUUUCUCUUUUUCACACAGCCCAUCAGCUUCGAGUAAUGUACUGCGUAAUAAUGUGGGUUCAAUCCCUGGCCUUUUAACUUCUACAUGCUGGAGGGCACAGCCAAAAAAACAAAGGCGAGAGAGAGCAGAAACCACUGUCCUGCGAUAUAGAGAGCUCUGGUCUUCUGCUCCUACAUGUCCCACACAGCUGCCAUCACUAACAAACUGGCCCUCAGUCUCUGUCACCUCACUCCCAAUGCCCUGAAGCCAAGUUUCCAGUGUGGGCAUCCUGACAGCUGAAGACAAGGCCAAGAGAUCUCUCUUGAGUUUUGCUUCUGUCCUGGUGGGAGAGAAACCAUAUGCUACAAAGUUCAAACACGACAGGGAACUCUCCUCAAAUGGGAGGGCCUUGGACAUUGUACAUCAUGAAAAAACAAGCAGCUAUGACUUAAUGCUUUGUAUCCUAAAAAUGGCCCCCAGAUAUGGUCCCAUAUUUAGCUUUGAGUUACCUGACCAGUGUUCUUUCCUGAAUUUUCUUCCACACUUCCCACAGCUGCUAUAUUUUAAAGAUUUCAUCACUGUGUCUGUUGCCUUUGAACAGGAAUAGAGAGACUGACACAAAGGAAUAGCACCAGAUGGAUGGAAGGGGUUUCAUAGAUGUUAGGGGAUGUUCCUAAACUGAGCACACAGGAUUUUUUUUCUUGAAUUCCUAUUAAACUCGGAUAUAAGAGCAUUUUUUAAAAUGCAUGCACCAGUUUAGAGCAAAAAAUAAUAAUAAGCUCACCAGUCAAGCUAAGAUGGAGAUUAUUCCAGCACUUUAGAAUCCAGGGAGUGUCCUUGAAACACUAUUUCUCUCAUACCUCAGUACCUCGGGUUAUCAGUUCUUUAGCUUUUCACUAUUGUUUUAUCACCUGUGGAUGUAAACCUAAAUGGGAUGUCUAUUUUUUUCUUGGUUUUGAACCUGAAAUAAAGGGAAUCACACCAAACCCUUUGGCAACUUUCA